AGACGCAAGGUAAGAUCUCGCCUCUGUUCGUUCCUACCUUCCUUCAUUCGUUCGUUCGUUCGUUCCCUUCGUUGUUUGGUUGGUUGUCACUCGAUCCACUGAAGGCGGACGUACCGAGACGCAAGAUACCUGUGUUGUACAAAAGCCUAAAAUACGGAUGCUGAAAUACAGACCGAAAAAUCCACUAGAAAAAGGGAGCCCCACCAACUACAGCCACAAACUCGGGUAAACCCACCCAUGUAUGGCCUGAAAUCAUCUGUAAAAACCAAACCCCCUGCAAAAUCAAAACCUUCAGUUUAGAAGAUAUCGCAAAUAGGCUACCCUCCUCCGUCUAAACAUAAACUAUCGCCGACACGAAUCAGCCAACAAUAACAGCAUCACGUGCCCAUAUAAUGAAAGGGAGAAGCAAACCUAAUUCAAAACAAGGCUUUUCAAAACGUGAUGGCACAAAUAUCCGUUUAUCAUCGGAUAAUGUCAAACGUCCCAAGGUGAAAUAUCCUCCCCGGUCUAAGGACGGCAAACAUGGACUUUCGCCGUCAAAGGACACGAAACAGCCAACAAUAACAGCAUCACGUGCCCAUACAAAGAAAGGGAGAAGCAAACCUAAUUCAAAACAAGUCUUUUCAAAACGUGAUGGCACAAAUUUCCUUUUAUCACCGGAUAAUGUCAAAUUUCCUAAGGUGAAAUAUCCUCCGCGGUCUAAGGACGGCAAACACGGACCAUCGCCGUCAAAAGACACGAAACAGCCACCAACACCAAGUCUAAGUCUCGGGACAAAGAACAGGGCCCCAAAGGCCUCUCCACUCACAGACGACAAAACACCAAUGAAGGACCAAGGUAGGACAACGUGGCAUAGGCGAACUAAGUCUAAGCCUGUUGCUAAGUCAAAUGCUCAUCAGUCUGAGAAAAAUGUUGAGGGUUCACCAACAAGGUCAUCAAAGAAGGCAGAGAACGGUGAGCAUGAAACUGCAGGCGAUUUAACAACAAAGGAAUAUGAUGGAGAAACAUUUUCAAACUCAGACGUGAACCUUAAAAUUUCGAUCGUAAAAGAUUCAGUUCUCUGUAUUUUUUUCAAACCCGUUGGUUCAUUUUGGAGGAUAAUAGUUUUCUUCCAAAAAAUGAUCAUACUUUGCCUGUCAAAAUUAACUUUUCAACCUUUUCCCGACACAAAACGAAUGAAAUGUCCUGACAUGAUGAGAUCCUCUGCCCAUAAGCCUGCUAGACCAGUAUCUACUGUAGGCGUGAAGCAGGAUUCGGGGAAGGCGGCAAGAGAUUCUGACAAAAGAAAAUCAUGCCAUUCACAGAGUGAACAGAAAGGCUAUAUUGUGGACAUAGCGGAGAUGGAUGCACUGAUUACUGAGAUGGUAAAUAAACAGAUCAUUCGGAGCUCUGACAAUCCAAAAAGGGACAUCAAGAACUUCUUUCAAAAAGAAGUGAAAAUGAAAAAGAAGGAUAUCGACGUAGCGUUGGGGCAUUUUAGGUGGUUGAGAGAAAAGAUAAUGCGAUUAUUAAACAGUGAGAUGAACCUUGGAAAAUGGACUUUUUGCAAUGCAGGGUCUCACUUCGAUGGAACUAAGGUGGCCCGACCAAAUGAAUUUGACUGCACAAUCUUCCCAGUUCUUAAGACCAAAAUUGUGGCUGAGUUUGAUGACACCUGUAAAGCUGGGGCCUGCAAGGUGAAGGUCGUCGGUGAUGUGCAUGACCACGAGAAGGAUCUCCAGCUAUUCCUUGAUGGAAGCUAUGUAAACUCAAAAAGGUUCAAGGCAUACGUCUUUGAGAAGCUUGAACGUGUUCUUCAAACUGAUAGAAAGUUAAAGGAUGCUCGCAAAUUUUCGUCUACCCAAUCUUUCGCGGUGAGCUAUGGGGGUAUUCCAACUGAAGAAGGGAUGAAAAGUAUUGACAUUGACUUUGUGCCGUCACUGAACAUCAAACACUGGCUUUCAAAGAGCAUUUCCCGUGACAUCAAGAAAGUCAUCCCGGACAAGAGUAAAGCUACAGUCGUUCAGGAAAAGGGAUUCAACGUAACUGCGAAGCACUGGUGUCAUGCCAAAAAUCCUGACCUCCUGUGGCAAGUUUCCUGUUCCUAUGCUGAGAAGACCAUCACCAAAUAUGCCGAUAAAGUCUCUUGGAAACCGUCACUUAGGACAUUGAAAAGAGUUUUGGAAAUUGCGAAAGGCAACAGUGAUUCCUGUGCCAAGAGUAACAGCCCAGAGCUCUUGCAGAUCCAAAAAGCAGUGAGGUAUGUCCAGAAGCAGAGGCCAGAACUGCGUUCUUCACUGCUGACAACGUAUCACAUCAGAACCUUGAUGUGGUGGCAGCUGUAUGAACUGACAUUAGGGGAGCACGUGUGGGGGACAGAAACAAUGGCCACAAGAUUCCAGGAAUGUCUCCGGAAGUUCCAGAAGAUGAUGACAGGGGAAAUGGUUGUGCCGCACUUCUUCCUUCCCCAGAUCAAGAACAUUUUACCGCAUAAGCUAGGAAAGGAAAGGGAAUUCCUCUAUGUUAUAGCAAGGGCAACUGAGGUAAUAUUCAGCAAGAAGCAGUGACUCCCAAAACUGGACAAACAUUUAAACCAUUGGUCAGUCAAGGAUACGUACUUAUCAGUCCUUGGGGCAGUGAAGGAUGUCGAUGCAAGUAAAACAGUCGUGUGAUGCUGAUACUGUACAUUGUCCUCAUCUGUCUUAUUACAGUUGAGGGACACCGGGAUGGCCAAAUGGUUAAAGCGUUCGAUCGUCACGCCGGAACCCGGGUUCAAUUCCCCACAUGGGCACAAUGUAUGCGUCCCAGAUUUGGUGUCAAGAGCCGUGAUAUUGCUGUAAUAUUGCUAAAACGGCGUAAAACUAAACUCACUCACUCUUAAAAUUUAUGCCAUGACCCUUACACGUAUUUAAUGUAUGUGUUCUCACUAUUUAAGUCUCAAAGUAACUCUUAAUAUCGACAAGUUAUUAUUGCAAUCACCCCCAGAAUCAUCUUAAUUGUGAACUUUUCCAAGUAAAGACAAAUCAGUUAUAUGAGAUACAGCCAUGUUUGUCAAUUAACCAACGGCUCGCGGCUGGAUAUGCCGUCUUCUAUGGACUUCUAAUUGUACCAUAGGGCGUAGGUGUACACAAGUACUGAAUAAAGAAUGAGGCCGUGAACUGUUUUGUGACGUUCCGUAUUUGUAUAACAAAUAUAUUCCAUGUUCACAUGAAACCUGCUUAAUGUGAUUGUCUUGGGAAGUAAUAU